UGGAGAGAGCUGAAGGCCAGUGAAAACCUUGUGUGGAACAGCUUUCCGUGGCCAGUCUUCAAGCGACCUUCGGAACCAGAGGACAUCACGACCAUUAGCGUCAGCGCAUACGUCUUGUCACGGCAUUCGCCCUCCGAGAAGAGCUCAAAGGAUCGCAUUAAGGACCACAUCAAGAGGUGGCAUCCAGACAGAUUUGAGACGAAGGUGCUUCCCAAAGUCGUGGAGGAGGAGAGAGAGAAAGUCAAGGAGGGUGCAGGGGUCGUUGUGCGUUGUUUGAACGAACUGUUGAACCGGGAUUACGAC